AUGCGUUUCGCUCGGCCUCUGCGGGUUGCUUUGAUUGGGGACAGCUGGGUCACGGAUUUGUACCAGAGUGAUGGGAAGCGUGUAAGAAAGUCCCACACGGCAUGGGCCAUGGAGGCUGCUUUACGGCAACGUCUGGGGCAAGUGGACUUCGUCUUCGCAGGCUUCCCCGGUACUCGAGCGAAUGCGCUGCUCACCCUGUGCUCACUCUGCCGUCUCAGAGAUGUGGCCAAGCUUGCAAAGAAGGGAUACUCCUGGAAGUAUGACCAACGCUCCGCCCUUCGCGAGCAAAAAAUCCGGCCACUUUCUGAAGAGUCGAGGGACGAGGAGCUGGAUGUGGUCGUUAUUUGUUUGGGGAGCAAUGAUCUCUAUGACCAAAAUGCAUCCCAAAUUCUAGGUCAUUUAACAAAGCUGCAUCGUCUCCUGGAGUUUCGUGGCGUGGAGGUUUGUCAAUGCUCCGUGUACUUACACGACAGCGAGCGGCAAGCCUGGCCAGAGGCUGACCAAACUUGCCAAAUGGUGAACCAUGAGCUGCUCAAAGCAAGCAGCUGCAUCAACAUCAUCCACCUUGACUCCUUCUUGCAAGGCGAUGAGCACCAUUUGUCGGACAGUGGCUACAGGCUCCUGGGUCAGGAGCUGGCCAAGAACGUUGAGGAACGUUUCUGCUCCCAGGCGCUUUUCACGCAGCAGCGCUGCCAAUACCUUCUUCACGUGGAGGAACCUGAAUGCCAGAGCUUCGUGGGCAACUUGCUUGCUGGCACCUACGUCAAGCAGUGGCAUGAACACCACAGAAGGCCAAUCUACUGGAAAGAAGCGGCUCCCAGUCAGCCCAGGGUCUGCCUUUUCUUUUGGGACGACAGGAACGGGAGCUCUUGGAAGGGUUGGUGGCUUGGGCGCCUGAAUGAUUCUGACUCCGUGGACCACCCAGGCUGGGCGUACAGCCCCUGCGACACCGCCGAGCCACCACAAAGUGGAUGGAUCGAGGUGCGUUCAGGCCAGCCCAGCCGCCUCUGUAUCUCGGUGGAUCCGCCGCAGCAGAAGCCUGCUGAGAGUACCAGAUUCAAUCAAUCGCACUUCGCCUUCACUUCCUUUGCCUCGAAUUCCUCCAGCUCUGGUUCCGGUGCCUGGGACUGGGGGGGUGCUCGGUCGCCAAUGAAGCGGACCCGCAUGGAGGACAUGCCCCAACACUGGCGCUGA